AUCCUCUCACCUUAGCCUCCCAAAGUGUUCAGAUUAUAGGUGUGAGAGCCACUCUGCCUGGCUUUGUUUUUUCUUGGCUCUCUGUCAGGGCCAAGAGCGGAGGAGGGAACUGCCUGGGGCAGUGGAAAGAAAACCCUCUCAACCCUGGAGUCCCCUAGCCUCAGCCAUUUGCCUAGGGCCCGUGCAGUUCUGCCUAUACCUGUUUCUAGUGUCAUCAUCUAUGUCAGUAGCAUAUUGUGCUUUCCUUUGGCAUCCUAGGCUUGCUUUUCACAGGAGGAAUGUUUUAUUUCCUUGGUUUAGCUAUAUAUUUAUUUUAAUGGUUCUAUAUUCAAUUAAAGUGAAUAGCUUAAUUUUACUUUUACAACCAAGAGGAAGCUGCUUCACUAGGUGGGCAGGGAAGCUGGGGAGAAUGCUGCUCUAAAUGAGUUCUGAUAUCCUGGCCAAAAAGUGGCUGCUUCUGAUGCGUGGAAGCUUUCCUCUCGGCUACAAAGAUGGUAAUAAAUCUUUGCCUUCCACAGUUCAGACCAAGAAUUCACUGCAACAAGAUAUCAGCUGAUGGUUAUGAAGUAGAAAAUCUCAUCUCUGAAGAUCUCACAAAGAGAAGUCAUGGUUUCAGGACGGAAUAUUUCAUUAAGCCACCAGUCUGUGUGACAGUUUCAUUUCCCUUUAACGUGGAAAUCUGUAGGAUCAACAUAGACCUCACAGCUGGGGGAUGUCAGAACAUCACGGGCCUGGAAAUGUACACAUCUGCCUCAUCUAGCAGAGUGUCUUGGAGUACGCCCCAGUGCCGGACCCCAGACCCAGACGAGCCAUCUGUCCCAGAUAAGGAGACGUUCACCUUGGUAGGCAAAGUCUUACUGAAAAACCAGAGCCAAGUGGUGUUUAGCCAUAGGGGCUUCAAGGCCAGGCCCCCUUUUGGCCCAAUGGAAGCCACACUCCCCUCCCCUGCUGUUGUGGCCCAGGAGCUCUGGAAUAAAGGGGCUCUUUCCCUUAGCCACGUGGCCCAUCUAAGGAUCUGUAUCACCCAUAUGACAGGUGGUGGUGUCCCUUGUAUCAAGCGGUUGGAAGUAUGGGGUCAGCCAGCCAAGACCUGCUCCCAGGAGGUGAUAGACAGCAUCCUGCUGGUCGCCUCGGAGAGCCUCCCUCAGGACGUGGCUCUGCAGGCCCCAGCCUUGCCCAUGGAAAGUGACUGUGACCCAGGGGACCAGUCUGAGAGCCAGCAGGCCCCCUCCAGCCUGCAGAAGCUGGCCGAGAACAUUCAGGAUGUGCCUGAGGAGUUCCUGGAUCCCAUCACCCUGGAGAUUAUGCCUUGUCCCAUGCUGCUGCCCUCAGGCAAGGUCAUCGACCAGAGCACGCUGGAGAAGUGUAACCGCAGCGAAGCCACAUGGGGCCGAGUGCCCAGUGACCCUUUCACAGGGGUAGCUUUUACUCCACACUCUCAGCCCCUGCCUCACCCCUCCCUGAAGGCCCGGAUUGACCAUUUUCUGCUCCAGCACUCCAUCCCCGGCUGCCACCUGCUUGGGAGAGCACAGACGGCAUUGGCAGUGACCCCUUCCUCCAUUGUUUUGCCCUGUCGGAAAAGGAAGAUAGAGCAGGCUGAACGUGUCCCAGACAGUAACCUUGGUAUAAAUGCCUCCUAUUUUUCUGCCACAAGCCCUCUGGUUCUACCCACUACCUCAGAGCACACUGCUAAGAAAAUGAAAGCCACCAGUGAGCCGAGCCUGACACACAUGGACUGCUCAACAGGUCCACUGUCCCACGAGCAGAAGCUGUCACAAAGCUUGGAAAUUGCCUUGGCAUCCACCCUUGGCUCCAUGCCCUCCUUUACGGCACGGCUGACCAGGGGACAGCUCCAGCACCUUGGCGCAAGAGGGAGCAGCGCUUCCUGGAGGCCUGGCACCAGCUCGGCCUGGGAGCAUCCCGGGCCCCGAGUGUGCCUCCUGCAAAAGAGUGUUUUCUCCCUACUUCAAAAAGGAGCCAGUGUACCAGCUGCCCUGCGGCCACCUCCUGUGCCGACCCUGCCUGGAGUGCCCAUCUGUGUCGUCACACUCCUGUCACCCACCUGCAUCCGCAUAAGUAGAACUCACAGGGCAGCUGUAUGGAGUCACUGCAACCCAUCAGGUUGUCAUUUCUGUCAACAGCCUGAAAGGACACAAAGUCGAGUUUUCAGAUCUGUCCCCUGCGAGGGGGCUCAGAACCUAGGUUUGCAGGAGAUGGGCCCUCAGCCGCCUUGGUUGCUGGAAGUAGGUCUGGAGACAAAGAGCCCUGCCCUGGAGGAAGCCGCUUUGCCUGCCUGGCCUCCUGCCUGUGAGAGGUGCCUGAAAUUGCUCUGUCUGUGCCAAAUGGGUGACAGGAUCUCCAGAGUGGCACAGGACUGAGGUGAGGACAAAGGAGGAAGCCUUGGGAUGGUCAAGUGUAUUCCAUCAGGAUUUUCACCAAUAACAGGAUAAUGCUACCCUUAACCCAGUUAUCAUGUGACCACACAAACAUGUUGAUGUUUUCCCUUACAAUAUUUUUCUGUAAAGAAAAAAUAUUUAUAGGUAUA